GGUGCAACGUGAACGUUCCUCAAAAAUUCAAUCCAGACAUCGAAGUGGUCGGAGUGGAAUGGUGAACGUACGGGAAGCUGUGGUAAGUAAUGCUUAAAAUUUAAUGUGCUAUAAUGUGCUAUAAAAUUUAAUUGGUACUCAUUUCAUUGUUAUAACGUUAUGUAGAAAAAGGAUCUCGAAGUUGCAGAUCUCCCCCGCCACUGUGUUUGGAUUAAAUCUCGCACCAAGAGUCGAAAACUUGUCACUGAUUACGACAAGGAAAUUGCAGAGAAGAUAGCUCAAUUAGAGGAGAAGCUUAGUCAGGGACAAAUUCAGGUCCAGGGCCAAAACGAUAUCCUGAUGCAGGCGCUCGGGACACCAGAGCAUCCUGGACGUGUCAGGGCUACUGGGUUCCUGACCAGGGCAUCUCAACUGUUCGGCGGGAAGAAAAGGGAAGUGUCUGAUGUUGUGGCUCGGCAAGCGAAGGAGAUUGAAAAAUUAAAAGCCGAAGUCCAAUCCCUUAAGCAGAAGAGAAAUGCUGUCGAACAAGAGGAAGAAGGAGAGGUGGCUGGUGAGGCGUAUGUUCCACAACCAUACGCUCCUCAAGAUGAGGUACAACCACAAACUUAUGCUGAGGAGUUUAUUUCCCUCAACGACCAAGGUAUCCUGUACAAUUUCGAUGACCAUGCGGCCCUUAAUCAGCAAGUACAUCUCUGCUCUGACAACAUCGACAACAUUGUGGCCCGAGGGUAUUUGUACGAGCAUGUUGGUAUAAUCCAAGUUCACUGCCAGAACUACGAUGAUUCACAUGCCCGGAUUAUGGUUUCAGAAAUCCUGCCAGAGGACGCUGAAAUCUCAGUCCCAAUUGAAGAGUACAGAUAUGUUAGGGACGUAUACCAGAUGUUCCUUCCUUGGCCUAAACACUUAAUUCUAACAACCGAGGUAACUUCUCUUAUAAAUUAAUUAUUAAUGAUUAGUGGAGUUUGAAUAUCUUCAAUAUUCAUCCGUAGUGAAGUAGGUUCUGCGAAUAUAUGUGCUGCGGUGGGAUGGAUGAACAAACUACUGUUAUAUAUGUGUUAUUUGUCGUUAUACAGGCAUAUUUAAAAUUUUUAGGGGCAUUCAAUUACAACUGUUAUGCUGCCGAAAUUUCGGUAGAAUUUGGAUAAAAUUUGAUAUAUAUAUAUAUAUAUUAUGUUAUGUUUUGUUUAGGGUCCACUCGCUCAACCGCCCUCAAGACGUGAUGCAUCGAAGGGGAAAGCUCUGAUGCUUUCUCCACAAGGCGGUGGUGCACGGGAAGAUGACUUGUUCACGGAAGAGAAGAUGGCGUUGAUCCCUAAUUCGCUAAAAUGGAUGAUUCAUGAAUUCCUGAGGCUCAAAGAUAAACGUGAUAUAAUCACAAUUCCUAUCCCCCGAGGAUUCAUUGCACCGCGUACCCAGAUCACGUUAUCUGGAGAGGAUUUGCAGCAGGUUGCUACGUGUGACUACAUCGGCAACCAGGGAAUGCUGUUUGGAAUGAUGU